AUGGAUGUGGGCAGCAAAGAGGUCUUGAUGGAGAGCCCGCCGGACUACUCAGCAGUCCCCGGGGGCCGGCUUCGCAUCCCCUGCUGUCCAGUGAACAUCAAACGCCUUCUCAUUGUGGUCGUGGUUGUGGUCCUUGUCGUCGUGGUGAUCGUAGGAGCCCUGCUCAUGGGUCUUCACAUGAGCCAGAAACAUACAGAGAUGGUUCUAGAGAUGAGCAUCGCAGGCCCGGAAGCACAGCAACGCCUGGCCCUGAGUGAGCGUGUGGGAACCACUGCCACUUUCUCCAUCGGCUCCACUGGCACUGUGGUGUAUGACUACCAGCGGCUCCUGAUUGCCUACAAGCCAGCCCCCGGAACCUGCUGCUACAUUAUGAAGGUGGCUCCGCAGAGCAUCCCAAGUCUCGAGGCUCUCACUCGAAAAUUGCAGAACUUCCAGGCCAAGCCCCCAGUGCCUUCCUCGAAGCUGGGCCAGGAGCAGGGCCGUGACGCCGGCUCAGCAUUCUCUGGGGACCUGGCCUUCCUGGGCAGGACCGUGAGCACCCUGUGUGGCGAGGUGCCCCUGUACUACACUUAG